UUUUUUUUACAGUGGAACUCUAUGGUGAACAAAUGCCUCUGUAUGGCAUCUGUCGGAGGCAUCCAUUUAAUUUAUAGUAUUUUUGUAUACGUUAGACGGAUGGGAAAAACACGAUGUGAACCCACCCUCAUCCGAUCAAAGAUUCUUUUGGAAAGUGAAAGACAGGAGCAGAAGUUAGAAAAGCAGGCUAUUUUUGGAACUGCUGAGUAUUCAAUAGUUAAACUUAGACACAGGCUACAAGCGUCUUCAGCAUUUACAAGUCACUGUGUAUUGGAAGCUUCCUUUCCGUCAGCAAAAUUAGGACCUGUGGAACGGGAACCUUUCUCAACAAGCGGUCAUGUUGCUGUGGUUUUGAGCAGAAACCUAGUGAUUGUUACUGGCGGAUAUUUCCGAGGAGAUUUUGUAUGGUACAGUAUAGACUGGGUUCUCAUUUAUGAUUCUUCUGAUAACUGUUGGAGAGAUGGGCCACCUAUGAAGAUUUCUCGAAACUGCCACUGUGCUGUGGGAAUAGGACUGCACCUCUAUGUCAUUGGUGGGAGCACAGAUGAAGGCGUUGUUGCAGAUGUAGAAAGUUUGAAUCUAGCAGAGAUGACAUGGGAGAGCCGGAAACCUCUCAUUAGACCCGUUGAAAGAGCAGCAGCUGUCAGUGUCGAUUGCAAGCUGUAUGUUAUAUGUGGCCGUGAUGAGAAUGGUGAUGUCUAUAGUGGGAUACAGAUGCUGAACACAAAGACAGAUGUGUGGAAUGUGAUCACCUACUCUCCUAUGCCCAGCACCAUGGCUUUUCCUCCCCAUGCUGUAGCUAAAGUAGUGCACUCUUCACUUCCCCUGCACUACCCACAGGUAUGACCUGUGUGCGACUGUACUUAAUGGAAUCCUAUAUACCAUUGGUGGGAAGGCACUACGCUUCGACUUCCGCACUAAAGUAUGGUCAGUAAUUGAAGAAGAAUGCCUCAACCGCAAGUUCUUUAUGGGAUGCUGUUCUGCAAAUGGCCGGAUUUAUUUACUGGGACAAAGAAGAGCUAGUAUAACUCAUGAUAUUCCCAACAUUGUCUUGUUUGAUCCAUAUGUGGAUAUUUGUCAAGUAACAGAUUUAAAGCUACCUUGUCCUUUGCCCAUAAGAGGCUGUGUAAGCAUGAGACGCAGUGAUGUUUGGCCUUAAAGGGGGAAUCCAGUUAAAAAAAAAUUCUGUCAUUGAUAUAUGUGAGAAGAUCACUCAGUCAGCGUGUGUAAAUACGUCUUUAGAAAAACCUAGCAUGUAUAGGUGGCGGUGGUGAGUUCGACAGACACAGCUGUCAGUUGAAUGGACACACUCGGAGGAUAGCUAUUGAAGGUGUCUGGGAACUUUUAGUGACAUUGUUAUAGGCAUCAUCACAAACUGGGUUAUCUACUUGUUUUUAUUUUAUUACUGUGCAGGUUUUAUGAGACAGGAGCACAUACUAAGGAUGCUUUCACACUUUCAUAUUUUGGCCAGUAUAUGGCAUCAGUAUAUGCGAGCCAAAGCCAAAAAUUUAACCUGCAGAGAGAAAACAUAAUGGAAAGAUUUGUACUGCUUCUGUGUUUCGGACUCACUUCUGGUUUUGGCUUACAAAUACUGACUGUGUGAAAGUGGCCAGUUCAAACAGUUUUUUGGUUCUGAUUUUGGAGUGUUUCAGCUUCAAAAUCAACUCCAAAAAAUCCAUCAAAACAGCCUACCAUUCAUUUCAAUGGGAAGCAGUACUUGCUUUUUUUCCAUGUGGAAAAAGAAGCAGCAUGCCCUAUCGUGGGGCUUGUUCACAAAAUGCUUUUUUUUUGUGCUGUUUUUUACUCGUUUUCCGUUUGGAAUCUAUGCCAAAAAUGUCUCUGAAAAGCCUUCCAUUGAAAUGAAUGGACUUGCAUUUAUUUUCCAAGUUGAAAAAAAGUAGAAAAAAGAAGCAGGAUGCUCUAUUUUGGUGUGGAAUCCACGUUGAUUCUCCAAUUGAAAUUGAAGCUG